CUCCAAACUCAGCCUCCGAACUAGCUGGGACUACAGGUGUGUGCCACCACACCAGGCUAAUUUUAAAUUGUUUUGGAGAGACGGAGUCUCACAACGUUACUCAGACUCGUCUCCAACUCCUGGGUUCAAGUGAUUCUCCAGCCUUGGCCUCCCAAAGUGUAGGGAUGACAGGCAGGAGCCACCAUGCCAGCCAAUAAAGCCCUUCUGUUUCACUCGAAUGAUAUCUUUGGUGCAUAGCUACAGCCAUUGUUGUAUUAACCUGCAUCACUGAAGGAAAAGAGAAGGGGAGAAGUGAUAGUUUUGCUUUUCCCUGAACAUAUCAGAUGAAACCUGAACUGUUUAGCUCAUUUUUGGACAAUGUAUUGACAUAAUUGAAGAUGGCUGCCUUAUUGUAGCCUGUCUACAGAAGGUGCCUAGAAGACAGAGGAAUAUGCAAAACUGGCUAGAAGAGUGAUUAAUCAGAACUUUACGUGGUACAGAAGAGAAAUUUUAAUGGUAACAGAAUAUUGAUCUUCUAAUGUUUGAAAGCCUAUUAAAUAGGAGAGAAAGAUGAUUUUCUGUUUUGUUGUCAAAGGAUCCAACCAGUUCUGAUGGUUGAAAGCAUCGUGAAUGCGAAGGUCCACUCAACGUAAGCAGAGUUUCCGAACAAUUAGACUUCCACAGCGAGGGGAUCUGCCUCCUCAUUCAGUUGUGCCUUUCCCAUCAGCGAGAGACUCCUAGGAGCCCAUUAGGAAGCUGUGCCAGAACUCACAUGUUCUUUGGAUAGUAUCUGAGAUAGUAUCCAGCUCUUACAUUUUUAUUUUUUCCGAAAAAAAUAUUUUUGAGACUGAGUCUCACUCUGUCCUCCAGGCUGGUGUGCAGUGGUGCAAUCAUAGCUCACUGCAGCCUCAAACACCUGGGCUGAAGCAAUCCUCCUGCCUCAGCCUCCCAAGUACUGGGACCACAGGUGUGUGCCACGAUUCCUGAUUACUUUGUUUAUAUUUUGUAGAGAUGAUGUUUUGCUAUGUUGCCCAGACUAAUCUUGAACUCCUAACCUCAAGUGACGCUCCUGCUUUGGCCUCCCAAAGGAGGGGGAUUAUGAGCAGGAGCCCCUGGGCCUGGCUGAGAUUUUUCCCCUUAGUCUUUUUAUACACAGGAUAUUUUAUUCAUAAAAUACAUAAAUAGUAGGAAAAUUUUGGGGUCAAGUGAAAUAGAUAUGUUGUAAUAGUUGAUAUAUAGACCAGAGUUCCUUAGCUGAACUGGAGGGGCAGGCUUUAGGUGAUCCAUGGAUGCCCUGAACUUGUGGACACCAUUGAAAAUCUGCACGAAUCCAUGGACAGUCUCCUGUGAUUUUCAUUCCUCAAAAUGUCUCUUGGACUCAAAGAUGCCUGAGAGCAAAGGAUGCGUGUUCCCCUACUAUAGGAUCCAGGAUAGUGAAUAUCAGUAAACAUUCAGCAAAAAAGCUUUGCCACAUUGAGUACUUCCACGUAACGUCUCCAUUCAACAAGUCAAUUUACCCAGGAUCUCCUGUAUAUGUUAAUCUCACUCUUGGAAGGUCUCAUCAUUCUGCUUACCCUAAAUUUCCUUCCACCUUCCUCCCUCUCUCACCAGACUAGACUCUGAAAUGGGAAGGGGAAGCGGGGAGGAGAGCCCAACACCCCCUCAAGUUUAGAGUGGAGAGGACACAGCCUCUGCUGGGACAGGGAAAAGAGGAAUGUGGAGACCCUGAGGAUGCUUUUGGACAAUGCUCAGAGGUUGGGACAUUGCCAGGAGAUACCGUUCACCCCGGAUCUCCAAGAAAAGAGAUCAGUCUGGCAGUUACAUGUGUUUUUCUUCAAACUAGUUGCCAGCUUGGAACGACCGAUGACAUCAGAGAUUCUGACUUUCCUGAUUGGAGGGACCGGACUCUGGUUGCUUGGGAGUUCAGGUGGACAACAGCAACUUCUCAAAACUGCUCUUCACUCCUAACUUCUCCCGAGCCUCUAGAAGAGAAACGCACUCUUCUGGGUCCUAACGGAGUCUGGAAGAAGGCUUUGGACAGAACAGGGACUAGGUUUUGUGGACAGAAACAAAGUGUUUGGGAGAGAUUAUGGCCAGUGGUCAAGCGCGCCCCGCGUUUGAGGAGGAGAGCCCCCAGCCUAGCACAACGGUGCGGUCCCCCGAGGUGGUGGUGGAUGAUGAAGUGCCAGGACCAUCAGCCCCUUGGAUAGAUCCCAGCCCCCAGCCUCAAUCCCUUGGCCUGAAAAGGAAGAGCGAAUGGUCAGACGAAUCCGAGGAGGAGCUGGAGGAGGAGCUGGAGUUGGAGCGCGCCCCUGAGCCCGAGGACACCUGGGUGGUGGAGACGCUGUGUGGGCUCAAGAUGAAGCUGAAGCGAAAGCGAGCAUCCUCCGUGCUCCCUGAGCACCACGAGGCCUUCAACAGGCUCCUUGGGGAUCCUGUCGUUCAAAAAUUCCUGGCCUGGGACAAAGACCUGAGGGUGUCAGACAAGCAUCUCCUGGCUAUGGUCAUAGCGUAUUUUAGCCGUGCCGGCCUCUUCUCAUGGCAAUACCAACGCAUUCAUUUCUUCCUGGCUCUCUACCUGGCCAGUGACAUGGAGGAGGACAACCAGGCCCCGAAACAAGACAUCUUCUCCUUCCUCUACGGGAAGAACUACUCCCAGCGACCCUUGUUCCAUAAGCUUCGAUACCAGCUCCUCUGUUCCAUGCGCUGGAGGACGUGGGUUUCCCCAGAGGAGAUGGAGGAGAUCCAGGCUUAUGACCCAGAGCACUGGGUGUGGGCCCGAGAUCGCACCCUCAUUUCCUAGAGCUCCGGGGACAUGGAGGCCUGAGGUCAUCGGCCUGAGGGAAGAACACUGGGCCCAGGGGAGAUGGGAAUUUUCAGCAGGAAGUUUAUCGCGACGCUAAUGCCAGACACCAGGAAGGGAGAGAGGAGCCUCCUGUGCAGAUCAUCUACAAGAAGCUGGACUCUUCUAGAAGGGGCAAAAUAGAGUGACCAGGUUUUCCUCCUAGGAGCCAUGGAGGUAUUUCUAGGAGGCAGUGGAGGGAAAGUGAGAAACCAGGGGUGUUUCUGGUUCCACCCCUUCCUGCGGCAAAACCUCCCUUUUCACGUUGCUGAAUCCCAGCCUCCCCUGGGCUGGAAGCUGGAGUUCCUGUUUCCUAUGGACUUGGUUGCCACAGUCCAGAGCAUUUGAAGGCACAGCGCGGGCACUCAGAUUGUCACGGAAUUCUUUGUAAAAUAUGAAAUUACUGCCAUAGGAUUUUAAGAGAUAGUUUAAUAGAUACUGUACAUUUUAUUGGUUUAUUUUUCAAAUGUUGGCCAUAGAAUUAUUACUAGGUUGAUUUAAAAUAGUUUGGGGUUUUUGUAGUUUUGAAAACAUGCUGUUCCUAUAGAGUUCUCUGACGGUUGUUAUAUACACAUAAAUAUCAUUUAGUUUUCAUUUUUAAGAGAGGAUUCUUUUUAUCGUCAAUGUUUUCUCUUUAAAUCGUUUCAUCUAUUAUUAAAUGUGCUCCUGAAGCGAGCACUCUUGUUAUCUAUGAUACUGACCUAAUAUAUCCAUUAUAUUUAUAGCUAGGUGGUAGUUCCCCUACAUUCUUGUAAAUAGAAAUGUUUAUUUUCUGUUUACUGUUGGUUACUGAAUUGUGAGAAUUCAGUUGUGAUUUUUAACAUGCCUUCCAUAUAUACUAACAUGUCAAAUAUAUACUAUACAGUUUAUUUGUUUAUUUUGAAAAUGAUGGGCAUGGCAUUAUUACUACAUUUAUUUAACUAGUUUAGAAAUACAAGUAUUUUUUAAAAGACACUGUUCUUAUGAAGUUGUGUGAUGGGUGUUACACCUGUUAUAUACACAUAGAUAUAAUUCUGUUUUCAUUUGUAAGAGAGGAUUCUUUUUAUCCUAAAUGUUUUAUUUUUAAAUCUUUUUAUCUGUUAUUACAUGUGCUGCUGAAGGGAGCACUGUUAUGACCUAGAGUAGUUACAUAAUAUAUCUAUUAUAUUUAUAGCUAGGUGGCAUUUCCCCGAAAGUCUUGUAGAAAUAAAUUUUUAUUUGAUGUUGA